AUGGUAAUUAUAUCAAGUUUAGCUUUGCUAUCAGGUAAUGUUCUUUAACUUAUUAGAUUUAUUAUAGUUCGCAUCGUAUAUGAAAUAUAUGUAAUAUCAAUUUCCACCACAUUUAAUUGAAUUUUUGAAUACUUAGACUAAAGUAUCUUUAUAACCAGUGAUGAAUUAUUUUAGGUAGAUUAAUUAUUUGUAAAAUUAAAUGGUGGUCCUUCUCCAAAUCAAAUCACUUAAAAAUCGAAUAAAAAAUCUCAGAAAAUGCUUUAAAUGGGUGUUAUUUGGUUAAUGCUAAAAGUUGUUAUUUUUCUGCCAUUGCAUCAUUAAUAACCUAUUUACUUUAUUCUCUCAGUGUCUAAAAGUAUUUAAAAUUUCGUUUUUACGCUUUCUAAUCAUAAAAAGAAUAAUGUUAAACACUUUAAACUUAUAGAUUUUUUAGAAGAAAAAAUUUAGAAAAAAGUGCUUAACAUUAAAAAUUGAAUAUUUCUUUAGGAAUCUAUAAAGUUUAUUAAGCAAUUUUGCAUUACCUUCUGUUCAGUGA